UUAAGAAUGGAUGUGUUGACAGUAGUUUACUUACUGUCUGUGUGCAUUAGAUUACACUGGGUGUAAUUUGAUUGUCUUAUCUAUGUAGUAAUUAGUGGCAUGUUUUAGUUAAACUGCUCCCCAAAGAGAUGCAGGACUCAUUGUAUUCCUCCUUAUUGUAGCAGCACUUACAUGCCUGGCAUAGCUGGAGCCAUAAAUAGCAGCAAGUUCAUUCACUGUGACAACUGCAUAUUUGUUAGGUGAUUUGUAGCAUUAAUGUACAACAUUAAGGAUAUUAAUAAGAAAACUGCCACAUUCACUCAGUUGUCAGUGUAACAGGUAUGUGCGAUCAGCUAGGAAUAUGUAUGCUACCUGUUUCCUGAACUUUGGGUAAUGAUGGGGUACCAGUGGAUAGAGAUACAACAUGCAAAAUGACACAACUUUGGAGUUGCCAUGAGUCACUUUUCUCCUCUUUCGGUGGAAACUUAUCACAUCCCAUGCCUCCAGUCCACACAUCAAGUUUGCACACAUGACCGGUCUGUCCUGUACUCAAAGAGACCAAACUGAUAGACCAAUCCUUCAGAAUACCAGUAAAACAGCAAACAAAUCAACCCCCGACUGUCGAGCAUUACUGGAAUUGGAAUUUAAUCUGGAUGUUUUUGUGGCAUGGAGUAAGUGUGCAAUAACUUUACUGCAAUUACUGAAUUUCAAACUGUAAUAUCUCACACUUAACCUGACAUUUUUGAAUUGGUAUUGACCCUCUCAGUUCAUUUUCAAUUUGCAAGGGGCGUUAUCAGCAGGCGCAGACCAAAAUGCCUCUAAGGGCAUAUUUGGAUAGAUUUAAAACCAAUCAGCAACAAAAUGGGAUGUAACACUGAGUCCUGGAAACAUGUAAACAGACUUCAGUGUGCAGAGAUUAGCUGUUAUGGUACAGUUUUUUGUUUGCAUGGGUCCAGACUUAUGAAUCCGCCCACUCCACUGAGUAGUUGACAAUUCUGUCUGAUAUCAGGCAAGAGUUUUGUUGUUCUUUUACAGAUAAUAUACCAUCCAGUUUGUUAAACAUUGUGGUGAUGGACAGAACAGACUGUUCCACAUCAGCAACAGUCAUCUUGGUUGUUUACAAAAAUGUCUUAAUGGUGCUCCUCUGUCACGGAUGUAUUAUAAGAGCUGGAUAUGAUACCACCACCUACCCUUGCAAUCAGUUUUUCCCAAUGGCCAUUCGCAGUAUUGUAGUAAAAACUCCCCCUGCGGCCCAAAAAGCAUUUUCCGCAUAGGCUACUACUGUAAAAAGACAUCUGUAAAACUGUUAAUAGGACACCUUGAAUUGUAAACAAGGUCAAUUAUGAAUUUCUAUGAUGAUUUAUUGAUCCAUGGAGGUUUUAUAAUUGUUAAACAUUCCUUAAAAAUCCAAAAUGCAAAGUCUAUGGGCCGAUCGGGAUAUUGUAAGCAGUGCUUGUGGUUGAAACACUACUGCAUGUAUUCAGGGGGCCGUAUACCCCCUGAAGUAAACCUGGUAACUGGAAACUGUUUGUGACCCAUUCUGAAUGGACUGACUAAAUGGCAUUUUUGGUCCAGUAUCGAGCUAUUAUGAUACAUGUGUCCUCUGUACAGUCAUCCUAUCAAACCAACCCUAUAUGAGAUAAAUGGCUCUCAAGAUUUGUCUAGUUUUCAUGCUACCCUACACUUCUUCACUGAAACAAGUAAUCACGUUACUCUACAGUGAUAUACAAUAUUAUGCAGUACUGUAAAUGGAGGUGGCCAAAAAAGGGGCCCAAAGAAAAACUGUGCCCUGGAGCUCAAUAAAACUGUAAUCCGUCUAUGGCCAAAAGGCUCGUUUCUAUCAUUGUUAUAAACAAUUAUUUAUUCUUAAACAUUUCAUUCAGCUCAUUUAGUGAACUUGCAGUAAACACUAGAUUAAUAUGAGGUAUGGGGGUGGUUCAGUAAUUAUUAUUAUUUUUUUUUUAAAUGUUGAAUGGUUCAAUCCACGGACACACUGUUCCGUCUGUCUCUGAGCAGGAGGAGCUAAUGCUGAGCUGAGACACCGAUAAAAAAAAGUCAUAAAGUAUGCUCAGCCGGGCGAUCCUGAAGGACCUCUGCUCCAGGCUAUGAAAGUGGUCACCCCCAGUCCAAGCCUGACACAGAGGAUGAAGACGAUACUUCCAUGACCUCCCUUGGUGUUUUCGUACGAGGCCUCCCUCUGGCCUUGGCGUCCAUGACACAAACUGCCACCUCAGACUCACGCUUCCACCCUAAAUGGAGGGCGAUCACUGUGGCAAGCCUGCUGGUUUUAGUGCUCAUGUUGUACCUGCACAGGACAGCAGGGGACGGAGACACUCCCACCAGAGGCUACUACCGCAACAGGGCUCACAGUUUGCAAAUGCAUGGCGAGCGUGACGAAGACAUUUUCAGGGACGCUAACAGACAAACGGCACAAAGCCUCGGCCACCACGAGAGAAAUGAAAAACCUUACAAUGACACAUACCCAUUAAGUCCGCCAGUGAAGACAAAACAUGGCAUCAAGUACCGUAUAGGUGUGAUCGCUGACCUGGACACGGCGUCACGUAGCUCCAAGGAUCAGACGUGGUUCAGCUACAUGAAAAGGGGUUACCUGACUGUUUCAGAGAGUGCAGACAGACUGCAGGUGGAGUGGGAUGAUGAGACGGUCACUCUGGAGAGUCAUCUGGCCGAGAAAGGACGAGGGAUGGAGCUGUCAGAGCUGGUGGCGUUUAAUGGUCACCUGUACAGUGUGGACGACCGUACAGGUGUGGUGUACAGGAUUGAGGGCAGCCAGGCUGUCCCCUGGGUUAUAUUACCUGACGGUGAUGGCUCAGUUUCCAAAGGGUUUAAGGCGGAGUGGCUUGCAGUUAAGGACGAGCACCUUUACGUUGGCGGCCUAGGGAAAGAGUGGACCACGACCUCCGGAGAAGUCGUCAACAACCACCCGGAGUGGGUGAAAGUUGUUGGCUACCGUGGUGACGUGGAGCAUGAGAACUGGGUGCCACAUUACAACGCACUGCGUGGCGCUGCAGGGAUCCAACCACCAGGUUACCUUAUCCAUGAAUCAGCAGCGUGGAGUGAGCGUCUCCAGCGCUGGUUCUUCUUGCCUCGCCGUGCCAGCCACGAGCACUACGAAGAGACAGCAGACGAGCGGCGUGCCACCAACCUUCUCCUGUCCUGCCCCACGGACUUCAGCUACAUGACAUUGCGGCACGUCGGCCCGCUUAACCCCACCCACGGUUUCUCCUCGUUUAAAUUUGUCCCGGACACAGACGAUCAGAUUAUUCUGGCCCUGAAAUCAGAGGAGGACGACGGCAGGAUCGCCACCUACAUUAUUGCUUUUACACUUGACGGUCGGGUGCUGAUGCCCGAGACAAAGAUAGGGGAUGUGAAGUACGAAGGGUUGGAAUUUAUUUAAAAAAUGACUAAGCUGAAGGUGCACAGUUUCAUGGAAGCAAGGUUCUCCAGUAUUACAUCCCAUCUGAUUUACUGUGCAUUAAUUUCAUAUGACCCAAAAUGUUAUAUUUCAUAAGUAUAUGAUGACCGAGGUGAGCAAGAGAAGGUUGAAGGGCAGGAGAAUGCCACACCACAAAGGGAGGAAAAUUAAAUACCACCUACAACUUCAAUUUAUGUGUGACUGUUGUAGGCAGCCAGCAGUUACAAAGAGGUUGUCACUCAUAAGUCACCACCUGAUAGGAUUAUUUAAUGUUUUAAAGCCUUAAUGACUUCAUAUCAGUUGUUGUAGAUUGAUGCUUUUGUCUAAACCUUGAGUUAAACAUCCUUGUUUGAUCAGGAGGAAUCUUUGUUUAAAAAAAAAAGAAGAUCUAUAAACACAGAAACCAGGUAAUGUGCGUCUCCUCUCCUGCAGCCAAACUCUGCUGGUCAGACACUCAGGGGAUCCAAAUCUAACAGCAUAAGCACACAGUGAGAAGACAUUUAAAUAAAAAGUAGGAACGAAUGUCCAUAUACACUACUUGAAAUAUUAAACUUACUCAUUACUUUGUGUUUUCUUAUUUUACAUAAACCAGUACACAUACACUGAAGUUUCUCUUUUCAGAUUUAUGACAUGAUGGGACCAAUCGUCGAGGUUACUGAGUAAACUUCACGUGAUGAGUUUCUCUCAGUGUUAGCAUUACAAGUCAAAAUAUCUAUUUGGUCUGAACAGAAACACCAGCAAUUUUAUUUAAAGAUAAACUAAUAUUAUAUUUCCUUUGUAUCCUCUAAAAAGAAG